AUGGCGGCGCGCGGCUCGGGCCCGUGGUUGCUGCUGAUCGUGGUUCUGUGCGCGGCGGCCGAGCCGCGCUGCCCGUCGUGCCCGGCGGCCGUGGAGCGGCGGCUGCUGGAGGAGGUGGCCAAGAAGCAGCUGCUGGAAAAGCUGCGGCUCCGCGAUCGCCCGCGGCUCGCCCACUCUGUGCCCCGCGCCGCCGUGACCCGCGCCCUGCGGCGGCUGCAGGCGGGAGGCGCCCGCCGGAGCCCCGAUGUUACCGGCGAGGAGGAGGAGGAGCAGGGAUACGAGAUCAUCAGUUUCGCCGAGACAGAUCUCACAUCUCCCUCCAGUUUGGGGCUGCAAUUCCAGUUCAGCCAAGCACAGGACCAGGACAUUCGCAUCCUGCAGGCUCAGCUCUGGCUCUACCUGCGAGUGCCCCGGGCCAGCCUCACCCUGAGGAUCUUCCUGGCCGGUGAAGCCGGGGCCGUGGCGGGGGCAACCCGCACUCUGCUGGGGGAGAGGCGACUGAGCACGGCGGGCAGCGGCUGGCGCUCCUUCCCCCUCCUGCCCGCCCUGCAGAGCUUCUUUGAGGGGCAGAGCCGGACCCUGAGGCUGGAACUGGAGAGCCACGGGGAUGGGAGCGAUGUCAUGGCACAGGUCAACGCCAGCUGGUCCCACCAGCCCUUCCUGGUGGCCAAGGUGAAGGUGAGGGAGCCCGAACACCACGUGGCCAAGCGCAGCCUCCGCUGCAGCCAGAACUCCAACCUGUGCUGCCGCAAGGAUUACUACGUGGACUUCCGUGACAUUGGUUGGAACGACUGGAUCAUCAAGCCCGAGGGCUACCAGAUAAACUACUGCGUGGGCCAGUGCCCUCUGCACGUGGCAGGCAGCCCUGGCAUGGCCUCUUCCUUCCACACAGCCGUCCUUCAACCUCGUCAAAGCCAACAACGUCCAGGCAUCGGGGGAAUUCCUGCUGCGUGCCCGACGCGGCGCCGGCCGCUCUCCGUCCUCUACUUCGAUCGCAACAGCAAUAUUGUCAAGACUGACAUUCCCGACAUGAUUGUUGAUGCUUGUGGCUGUAGUUAG